AUGCCGACGUUGAAUGGUAUCUAUAUUUUAUGUGACGAUGAAUCGCGUCGUGAAGAAUGGAUCCAAAAAUGGAGUAAAAUCAAAGGAGUAUUUACAAAUAUCGAACAUCUGUGCGAAGCACUACAGUUAGAUGUUAAGCAGUGUGAUCAGGAUAGUAUUGGUGUGAGCUUUGUCACAAUUAAUGAUGGAGUUUCUACUGAUAACUCGAAUCAGUUAGGAUUCUCGUUUAUGUAUAGUCAAAUCUUCAAAGAAAUUAUUCUUGAAUUAGAUCAUGAUAUGAAAUCAAUCACAGACUUGGCAGUGUAUUGUCGCCAAUUUUAUCUCGGUAAUAUAAAUCAAUUAAAAAUCAUUGAUGAAUUUGAGCAUGAUUAUCGUUCACAAUCAGCGAUUUGGUGGUAUACUCGUAAAUGCUUUAUUUACCGAAUGUUGAAUCAUGCAUUUCGUACACUGAAUGCCGAUACUCUUGUUAACAUGGGAUUUUUCAUUCGUGAUUUACAUCAACAAAUUGAGCAACUCUACCUACAACAGAUUAAUGAUCGUGGCGGAAAACCUUUUCUAGUUUACCAUGGACAAGGUCUAUUGAAAACAGAUUUUGAAAAGUUAUUGAAAACAAAAUGUGGUUUCAUGUUUUUUCAUAACUUUAUUUUUGCCAGUACAAAACAAGAAGCUGCUUUGAAAUUCGCCCGAGGUUCAAUAGGGAAAACGGACAUGAUUGGGAUACUUUUCGUAAUAUCCAUUGAUCCUCGAGUUUUAUCAUCACCGUUCGCCUCAAUUGAAGAAGUCAGUUAUUCCAAAAGAGAAAAAGAAAUUCUCUUCUCUAUACACACGGUAUUUCGUGUCGGUACAGUUAAACAGAUAGACAAGAACAAUCAGUUGUACCAUGUAGAACUUCAACUUGUCGCUAAUGAUGAUGAACAACUUCGUGCUCUUACAAAACCUAUUGGAGAAGAGACAUCGUGUAAUACAGGAUGGCAACGAUUAUGUACUUUAUUACUUUCAACAGGUCAACUUGAAAAAGCUGAAGAAUUAUGUAAAGCAUUACUCGAACAAACAUCUGAUCCAAAUGAGAAAGCACUCUACUAUCAUCAGCUUGGAUUAAUCAAUCAGAAUCAAGGUAAUUACAAAAAGUCUAUUCGAUAUUACGAACAAGGACUUGAAAUCUAUCGAAAAAUACUUCCAGCAAAUCAUCAUAAUUUGGCAAUUUCGUACAAUAACAUUGGUCUAGUGUAUGAUAACAUAGGAGAAUAUGAGAAAGCACUUUCUUUUUAUGAACAAGCAAUAGAAAUUUAUCAAACAAAUCUUCCUGCAGAUUAUCCUUCAUUAGCUACUUCGUAUAAUAAUAGUGGUUUGGUAUAUGAUAGUAUGGGAAACUAUUCUCAAGCACUUUCAUUUUAUCAAGAAGCAUUUGAUAUUGAACUAAAAACUCUUCCAUCAGAUCAUCCUCUAUUGGCUGCUACUUGUGAUAAUAUCGGUGGUGUAUAUAAUAAUAUGGGAGAGUAUACGAAAGCACUUUUAUUUAAUAAUCAAGCACUUGAAAUCUAUAAAAAAAAUCUUCCUGAAAAUCAUCUUAAUUUGGCUCAAUCUUAUAAUAAUAUUGCUUGUGUUCAUCACAAUAUGAAAGAAUAUUCAACGGCACUCUCAUAUUUCGAACGUGCUCUAAGUAUAUGGCAACCUUUACUACCUCCAACUCAUCCUCAACUGAUUAAUGUGGAGAAAAGUAUUGAAAUUUUAAAAGAGAAACUCUAA